GUGUAUAGCCUAAAUAUGGAAAGGUCCUCUAAUAAGCAAGAACUCUCUCAUUAGUGAGCUAACUGGUUACAGGUGCUCCGAUGACCAGGUGUGGGGGAACUUUGGCUUGCUGGAUGUUACGGAACUACAACUCCCAUCAGCCCCAGAAAACAUGCUUAGUGGUUAGGGAUGAUGGGAGUUGUAAUUCAUCAACAUGUAGAGGGCCAAAGGUUCCCCUUAACCUUCAGAAUACUAUAAAAUCCAGGCAGUCUUCAUGUUCAGGAUGCUGGGAAUUGUAGCUCCAUAAGGGACAAGCUACAAUUCCCAGGAUUCUUUACAGAAAGUAAUGUGCUUUAAAUGUGUGGGUGUGAUCUUUAUCUGGAUUCCAGUAUUUCUUGGUGGUGUUUAACUGUAAGUAAACUACUGGAUUAAGAAAGUAGUGUGGUUAUUUAUAGUGAUCAAAUUUAGUACUUGGCUGUUUAGAAUGUUGGCUUUUUCUUUGGGGUAGUCACUCACUCCUCAUCUCCCGGUGUGUAAAUGCAGAAAGUAUUUGUUAUACUGUGAUCCUAGGUAUCUUUACUUAUAAGUAAAUUAUGUUGAGUUCAAUGGGACUUACUGUCAGAUAAGUUUAUAAUCUUAAAAUGACAAGCCCGUGCACUGAUCCUAUCAACUAGUGUGCAGUUACCUAAGAGUAAACCCUAGUGCUUAUUUCUAAAAGAACACAUAUACAUAGGAUUUGGUGGCCAUGUAACUUCAACUAAAUUCCUGUUAAAAAGAAUAAUACACAACAUUUGUGUUUAGUUUGGCAUAUUGGUCUAACUUUUGAUUUGUUUUCACCUUUUUUGGGGUGGACUUUUAAAAAUAUCUGUUGAAAUUAUGGUGUAAACUUGAAACAUAUGCUACUUAUGAAAUAUUUGUACAGUGUCCUCAUCAAAAGACUGGUCCCUUAAAAUAUGUUUGGUGUUGAUAGUUUGGAAGGAAUUUGUGUUCUAUAAGUUUUGCAACAAAGUGGAUUUGGACUUUAUAAUGAGUAAGACCUCUUUGUUUUGCCCACUACCACCAUUUUUGUUGCUCUUGAACUAUUUUAAAUUAGAAAUGAAACCCAACAUGCUGUUAUUGCCCUCUAGGGAGAAGGAUGGCAACUGAGGGACCUCUCGAGGAACUUAUUGAUGCAAUGACUUGUCCUAUCUGCCUGGGAUAUUUCAAAGAUCCUGUGAUGUUGGACUGUGGCCAUAAUUUCUGCAAAGCUUGCAUUGUCCAGUCCUGGCCUGAAUCUGAGGGAGCCUCUGCUUGCCCUGAGUGCAGGAGACUCUUUCAACCAAUGGACAGCAGGCCAAACUGGCAACUGGCAAAAGUGGUCCACCUUGUCAAGCUGUGGGUGGAGAGACGCCCAGAAAGGAGAAGGGAGGUGUGUAAAAGGCAUCGGAAGCCCCUGAAGUUCUUUUGUAAGGAUGAUGAAGCCCCCCUCUGUAUGGUGUGUAAACGGAGCAAGGUGCACAGCGGUCAUAAGGUAGCCCUGUUGGAGGAGGUUGGCCGAGAGCUCAAGGAGAAAACCAAAGCCCAGCUGAAGGCUAUGGAGGAAGAGAGGAAGAACCUUGAGGGCUGCAAAAUUACUCAAGAGCUGGGAAGAUCAGAAUGGCUGAAAAUAUGACUGCACCCAGGCAUAGCACCCAAUCCCCUGUCAAUCUGUCUGAGGACCCUAAGGGUGUGAGACGCAAGGCGUAAAAGAUUUGGAACCUGCCUGUCU